UCUUAGAAGAAAGAACAAAAUGUUUACCAAAGUGAUAGUGUUCACUUUUGUUGCGGCAGUUUUGUGCGAAGAACAUGGAUAUUCCCUCAGGAACCACCACGAGCCAGCCAAGGAGUACAGACAACAUUAUGAACAUAAUCCCAUAAGAGUUCAUGAGGAACAGGAGAGUUCAAGCGAAGCUCAGUACAAUGCUGCUCCUGAAGGCCAUGGGCUUGGAGGACAUGCCUACUCUUCGCAGAGCAUUAUUCACCACGCCGCAGCUCAUGCCGCUCAUGGCGGCCAGGGAGAAUCUCAGGAGUCUCAUAACGAUCAUGUUGCUCCAGUGUACCAGUACGUGCAAGAAGAGCCCGAACACCACCAGGCACCAGCUCAACACGAAGUUCCCGCUCACCACUACCAGACUGUUCAUUUCGCCCCCGCCCAAGCGCAUCACGAGGUUCAAUCGUACGCUCCUGAGCACGGCCAUGCCCAAUCUCACUACGCUCAGGCUCACGAAGGUCUGAACUACCACCACGGCGCUAACGCUCAUGAAGGUUUAAGCUUCCACCAUGGCGCUCAGCUCCACACAUCUGUUCACCAUCCCGCUCCAGUCCACCACGCUGCUCCCGUUCACCACGCUGUUCCUGUUCAUCACGCUGCCCCUGUUCACCAUGCCUCCCCAGUACACCAUGAAGUAGUUGCUCACCACGAAGCGCCCGCCCAUCACGCAGUACCAGUACAUCACGAUAUCCACGCUCACGAGUCCCACGAUGAGCCCAUCGACUAUUACGCAUACCCUAAGUACCAGUACGAGUACAAAGUGGAGGACCCUCACACCGGUGACAACAAGUUCCAGCAUGAGUUCCGUGAUGGAGACAUUGUGAAGGGAGUCUACAGUCUCCAGGAGGCUGAUGGAUCUGUCAGAACUGUUGAAUACAGCUCUGAUAAACAUCACGGAUUCAACGCUGUCGUGAAGCACUCCGCCCCUGGUCAUCAUGUCCAGAUUGAAAGCCAUCAUCAGAACUAAGACAAGACUGAUCAACCUGUUCUGCUGUUUUAUAGUCUUUAUUGUUACUAGAUGUGUACUUGCCUACCUG